AUGCCCGAAGACGCACCCGUCGAGAUCGGCAAGAACCAUGUGUUCUCGUCUGGUCGGAGCUCGACCCGCUACUUCAAGGACGGCUACUUCGACUACAACUUCGAGAAGUUCCUGGGCCUGGCCACCUACUCGGGAGCUGAGAUCGCCGAGUGCUUCGAGACGGCAGCACGCAUCACCGACGGCGACCCGGAGAGCUGGAUCCAGGCGUGGACCAGCACCGCGCGCCGCGUCGAGGCCUAUGCCGAGAACGCCAUGAAGGGCGGCCAUACAGUCAGCGCGCGCGAGGCCUGGCUGCGCGCCACCACGUACUACCAAGCGGCCUUCUUCUUCGUGCCCGACAAGGACCCUCGCAAGGCCGAGCUCUACUGGAAGCACACGGGCUGCUUCCAAUCUGCGGGAAAACUGUUCGACCCACCCUUCGAGCCGCUCGCCAUUCCCUAUGACGACGGCGGCAAGAAGAAGACCCUCUUUGGGUACUUCCUCCGCUGCGACGACAAGUCCUCGCGGCGGCGGCCCACGGUGCUCAUCCAGAUGGGCGCCGACGGCAGCUCCGAGCAGAUCUACUUCUCGGGCGGCGGGGCGGCCGCCCUGCGUCGUGGCUACAACGCCCUCAUCUUCGAGGGCCCCGGCCAGACAGGCACGUUCAUGCGUGACCGCAGCCUCACCUACCGCCACGACUGGGAGGUGCCCGUAGCCGCCGUGGUCGACUACGCCCUGACCCGGCCGGAGGUGGAUCCCCAGCGUAUCGCCCUGAUCGCAUACAGCAUGGGAGGUUACUUCGGACCGCGGGCGGUGGCGUUCGAGAAGCGCAUCGCGGCCUGCAUCGCCAGCGGGCUGGUGCCGAGCAUGCUAGCCCUGGCGGGUAGUCGGAUCGCCGCGAUUCGCAACGUGAAGGACGGCCAGUACAACCACGCGGCCCGGUACGCGCUGUUCGAGCACAUGCCCAAGUACGGCCUGGACCACGACGUGCAGGACCUCGACAAGCUGGAGGCCAUCUGGGAGAAGUUCCAGCUGUACGGGCUGGAGGACCAGAUCACCUGUCCGCUGCUGGUCGUCCAGGCCGCCGCCGAGGGCGAGCACCAGACCCGGCUCGCGCGCGACUUCUUCGACAAGCUCCCCAACCCCAAGAACGUGUUCCGUCUCACCACCGAGGACGACGCCGCGGAGAUGCACUGCCAGAAGGGCAACGCCAUGCUGCUGCAUGCCAUCGAGUUUGAUUGGUUGGACGAUGUGCUGGGUUCUCAUGACCCGGGCCACCCUCAAGAGCAGAUUCCCCAUUACCAACCCAUCUCCGCUCGAGACUCAGCACACCCCAAACCAGGCAUGUCGGUGCGGGCAUGGACCAGCUACAUGAUGACGACUUUGAAGAUUCUCCUGAACCAGCUGAGAAGAACCUACCGCGAGGGCUGGGCCAUCUACGCAGAGCAUGCUCCCGUGAUGUAG